UAAUGAAGCACCUGCCAGCAUGUGUGCGAUUAAACUGAGCUGCUUGUGCCAGCAGAGCCAUUCCUCAGUUGUAGUCUUGAAAAGGAAUGCCUGCACCAAUCAACCCCUGACUGAAUCCCUUGUCAACAGAGGGAAGGCGUGAGUUAAAAGUUGAAGGAUGGGGGAGACGGAGGACGAGCGUACGUCUCAGGCCGGCCAGCUGUUUGAGAACUUCGUGCAGGCCACUACCUGUAAAGGCACCCUGCAGGCCUUCAGCAUCCUCUGCAGGCAGCUGGAGCUGAACCUCUCUGACCACAGAGGCUUCUACAGCAGCCUUAAAGCUGCCGUCACCUUCUGGAAGGCCAAAGGCCUCUGGGGGAAACUGGACAAGAGAGCCAGCCACAAGGAGUACAGUAAGGGCAAAGCCUGCAUGGACACCAGAGUAAGUAUUCGUCAGCUGCAACUCAUGCUGUUAAAGAUUGCUCUCAUUGUUGGGGUUGAGGUGCACGUCAACGUGGAGUUUGUCAAGCUUCUCGAGCCGCCUGAGGGCCAAGGCACUGAUGGGCCUGGAUGGAGGGCAGAGGUCCGGCCGGCCGAUCACCAAAUCUCAGACUAUGAGUUUGAUGUGAUAAUUGGAGCAGAUGGAAGGAGAAGCACUCUUGAUGGCUUCAAGAGAAAGGAGUUUAGAGGGAAACUAGCAAUUGCCAUCACUGCAAACUUUGUCAAUCGCAACACGACAGCUGAGGCCAAAGUGGAGGAGAUCAGCGGAGUGGCCUUCAUCUUCAAUCAGAAGUUCUUCUUGGAGCUCAAGGAGGAGACGGGCAUUGAUUUGGAAAACAUUGUCUAUUACAAGGACAACACGCACUACUUUGUCAUGACUGCAAAGAAACAAAGCUUGCUGAACAAGGGUGUGAUCAUUAAUUUUCUAGAGCCUUUCUGGCCCAUGGGGACAGGAUGUGCUCGAGGGUUUCUGGCUGCCUUUGACACAGCGUGGAUGAUAAAGGGUUGGGCUCAGCGCAAAGAACCCCUUGAUCUUCUGUCAGAGAGGGAGAGCAUCUACAGGCUGCUGCCUCAGACGACGGCAGAAAACAUCUCAAAAAACUUUGAGCAGUACACCAUAGACCCAGCCACACGCUACCCCAACCUCAACUCCACCUGCGUACGACCACAUCAGGCGCGGCAUCUGUACAUUAAUGGCGAGCAGGGCUUGAGUUCUCUGGAGCGCAGUGGACACACACGCACAUCCGUAAACAUCUCCAGACGAGAGUCAGAGGUGCAUCCCAGCCGGCUGCUGCUGUGGUGUCAGAAGCAGACCCAGGGCUACAGGGGGGUGGAUGUGACUGACCUUACGACCUCCUGGAGGAGUGGCCUGGCUCUGUGCGCCCUCAUUCACCAUCAGCAGCCGGACCUCAUUGAUUUUGACUCCCUGAACGAGGCAGAUUGCGCUAAAAACAACCAGUUGGCAUUUGACGUGGCAGAGAGGGAGUUUGGAAUCCAGCCAGUCACCACAGGAAAGGAAAUGAAUGCCGAACGGGGGCCAGACAAGCUCAUUAUGGUGCUCUACCUCUCCAAAUUUUACGAGAUGUUCCGCAACUCGCCUCAAUCCAUCACAGGUGUACCCAAAGAGACUUAUGCAAAUAAUAAAGACCAUUCAUCAAAGACCACAAACUCUCUUUAUAGCUCGAUAAAUCAAGCACUGCCUCGGAAGAGAAUCCCAAAGGUUGAUAAAAAGUUGGAAGACAAUGACAACAAAAAGAGGAAGAAGGCCAGCAGUCAUCUGGAGGAGCUAAUGCCCAAUCAGAGUGCGCCCCCUGUAGGUGAGAGAGAGGAACAGAAGGAAAAUAAGGUGCGCUCCAUGGCAACUCAACUGCUGGCCAGGUUUGAGGAAAAUGCACCAAGCUGUGGUGUGCGCAGACAGACUGAAUCUGAGACUGACUCUGUUGCUGACAAACCCGUAUCUCUGGACAUGACAGAAAACCCACGGUUUGCCAAACCUAAGAGCCAGCUCGCACCCCCUCCACCCAAACCAAAAUGGCAGCCUUCUUCUUAUCUUAGACUGCUGGAAUCUCACACGAGGAAUGAGACCCAUCAUUCUGACCACCGUUUACAAAUCCAGCCCAGUCACGGUCACAAAGAAAUCCAGUCCAACCACAAAAACACUGGCAUUCACCAUAGUCUCCAGCUAACUGAAAUUCCCUCAAGUUAUCAAAGCAGUGAGUCUCGUCCCAGAUCUCCUCACAUUCCCUUCAAAGUGCUUCAGUCGGAUUCUCAUCUGCCCUCAUUGAUGGCAGACCCCUCAGAUUCACUCCCAUCAUUCACGCCAGCCCUGAGCGCCAUGUUGCAGCGCCAACAGAAGCUGGAAGAGGAAGUCAGUCAGAGAAAAGUGCAGGCUGAAAUUACUAGACAGUUCGACAAAAAGAGCAUUAAAGUGCGAGCUCAGCAACUGAGCCGCCUGUUCACUGGCAAACCACUUCAACCUCAGGCAGAUGAAAGCUCUUCUGCUGUUUCUUCUUCUAAAGCUUUCUCAGUUCAGUCUAUCCCAGAAUGCUCUACUCUCUCCUGUCAUCUGUCUCCUGUUCCUUCAGUCCAAUACAAGCAGCGCAGUGAAGAUUCAGAAACACAGCUGAACCACGUUCAGCACACAGAUCACUCUGAAAUCAGACGUGUAGAGUGCCUUGACCCCUCCAAACAGAGAACUGUGGGAAAGGUUUCCUCUGCUAUUGGCGUUAAAGCAGCUACACUGGCCAUCUUAUAUGAGACCGAUCACAGACCUAACAACCCUUUUACCCUCUCGCCGACCAGCAAGCGGAAGGAGUUUCCUCAGGGUCUGGGCGGCAGCGACACCUGUCACUUCUGUAAGAAGCGUGUGUACAUAAUGGAGCGGCUCAGUGCAGAGGGAUACUUCUUCCACAGAGAGUGUUUCCGCUGUAACAUCUGUGGUUGCACAUUGCGUCUGGGUGGACAUGCCUUCGACUCCAUCCAAGGCACUUUUUACUGCAAGCUGCACUUUUCUCAGCGAAAAAUCAGCAGUAGGCAUCCAAGAGGAGAGAUCAAUGGAGUUGGCAGACCCUCGUCCAGCGCUAGUUCUGAUUACACUGCCACAGACGGCCUCCGCGGCCCGUCCUCAGGUACCCUGACUUCCCUUAUUAGGAAAAGUCUUCACUGGCCACUGCACGUGGGCCGCGCACUGUUCGGUACGCCCCACCAGCUUGCCCGCUGGAUGUAUAAGGCGGCCCGGGCCGUAGCGCUACACAUCAGAGAGCGCCAGGAGGACUAUGUAUUCCUUUAUGAGCUACUAAGUCUGGGUGUGCCCUUCAUAUACGUGCUGCAUGAGAUGACGGGCCAGAUGAGCCGAGAGGCCAUCGCUUCCUCCCCAGAGAGCAUGAUGGAGUCAGUCGAGCCGUACCGGGGGCUCCAACUGUCUUUUGUCAUAUGUGUGUGCGUGGACCCUGCAGGAGCUGAAUCAGACUCCAGAACUCAGAAUGACCCGAAGGGUUUGUGGAACCCCAGCGCUCCUGCUGAGAGUGCAGAGGCGCAGGUCCUCUCAGACUCAACCGAGGUCAUAAACAUGAGUGAAGUCAAAGGUUCAUCUAAAAAGCCCGAUCCUGCAGAUUCUGCACCUGCGUGUCCCGAUUCUCCACUGCAGAAAGGGCGUAGUAUAAGUAGGCAAACUGGGACACAGCAUGUGUCUUUUCUCACACAGCUCUCCUCAACAAAGGCUGCAACAUCAACUACAGAGUCUGACUGCCCCCUAAUGGAGGACAAGAAGUCAACACCCAUGGAAAAAAUCCCAAAAAUCCCUCUAUAUCGCGCACAUUUUCUUCCCGAAUCCCCAAAACCCAGCACUUCCUCUCCAGAGCCAGUCGUCACAGCCGUUCCCUCAGGAGCGAACUCCCUCAGCCCCAAGAACAAGCUCAUGCUGUCUUUAUCUGAAAAGGAGAAGCUGCUCAACUGGGACUUGGCCGCUCCUGGAAAGCCCUCAAAUUCUGAAGGAGAACAAAUUGACAGAACCUCAACGAAUCCUCCAAAUGAUCAACCAGAACCAGAAGCUCCACCAAAACCAAGCCGUCCUCAACCUAAACCCACUCCUCCACUCUUUGGCUUCCAACAGUGGGCCAGCAGUCUCCGGAAGUCCUUAUCCUCCAGCAAAGGGAACAACCCUGUGGUCCUCAGGAGAAACCGGCCUUUGAAAGCCAGGCCGUUGUCUGAGGGGUCCUUCAACCUCAGCGGCUUGUUUGGCAGCAGCAUUCGGAGCAACCAGGAUGAGGAACACAGCAACACGUCUACCGAUGGCAGUCAAUCCAGUGUGAGGACAGGAAGUGAGCUCACCACGUUACUGGAGCAGGUGGCUCUCAGCUCCAAAACCCACAAGGCCACAAAAGAUGAUAUGGCCUCCUUACCACCCAGAAAACUCAAUUUCUUCUCCUCUCUGCGCAUUAAGAGGAACGAAGGAGCAGAUCAGAUCAAAGGAGACAACCAGAAGGACAUCUUGACCAUUCUUACCAGGUUCAGAAGCAAAGCUUCUUCUCAGCAACAACAACAACCAGAGUCCAACUCAUCUAGUGAAGAGGAACAGGAUCCAGACUCACAAAGGACCUACAGUGACACCUCCCAGAAGAAAAAAGAGAAAACAGCCGUCCAACAAACCAAGAGAGAUCAGCUGAAAAUACUUCACAGGGCUCAGGUAAUCCAGAGACAGCUGGAGGAAGUUGAGGAGAAGCAGAGAGCUUUGGAGGAGAAAGGUGUGGCUCUGGAGAAGAUCCUCAGAGGAGAAACUGGUGAUGACUCCACAGAUGAGACCACGCUACUGCAAACCUGGUUCAAACUGGUCCUGGAGAAGAACAAACUGUCGCGAUACGAGUCUGAAAUCAUGAUCUUUACUGAAGAACUGGAGUUGGAGGACACUCAAAGUCGGCUACAGCAAGACCUUAGACGGCGAAUGGACACUGAAGACUGUGAGAAGAGUGCGAGUGAGCUGGCAGAGGAGCAGAGCCUGCUGGUGGAGAUCAUGAAGGUGGUGGAGAACAGAGACAAACUGGUGAGUCUGCUGGAGGAGCAACGGCUGAAGGAGAAAGCGGAGGACAGCGAUCUGGAGAGCAUGAUCCUCUCCAGAGGCUAUCAGUUCCACUGGACCUGAACUUCUCGCACUGGAUGAAGAUCUGCUGUACUGACCUGCAUGAAGAACUACUUUAGACUGAGAAAGCCUUAUUUGAAGAUCAGCUUCUGGAUCUUGAACACACUGUAACACGCUUGUUUAAUCAAACCCAACUGAAUGCUGCCUUGUGUUCUUGAAAAGAAAUAAACCAAAAACCAAA